AUGUCAUCCAGUCGAAUCUCGGCCCUCAAAUCCACAUUUCAUAAGCAAGCCCAAGAGGCCAACAUUAAACCUUUCCUCUUUGGGGAUGCUUCCCUCGGCGAAGUCGACAGGCUCAAUGUUAAGUGUCCUUUUGCAGUUUCGUCCGCCAAGUCCGACGAUGACGACGUGAUGGAGGCCAGCACCUUGAUGAGUCCAGACUACAUCCAGCCUUUAAUGGCGUCCGAAUUAAUGUACUUAGUACAGAUGUUAUUUGACCGAGAAAAUAUAGCCUGGAUGCGACAUUUAUCUGCUAAGAAGCUUGCUCUACGGCAACAAGAGCAGUCAUAUUGGCAGCAGGACGAUUUACCAAAUGGUAUCCUUCCCGGUGUUCAUACUUUACGGGGUGGCUCCUCCAGUUACACCAUGGCUCGAAUAUCCGACUAUACUCGUCACGAAGAGAGGCUGGCCCGGGUGCAGCUGGCAAAGUGGGCAUCUGACCUUCAACAAAGCCUACGUAAUGAACGAGAAAGAUACGCCACCAUAGCAAGGGGGGAACGUGCUGUCUGGCUCACAGAACGACUAGGCGAGUGUAUUGUAGAUGGCUCGUUGGUACCUAUCUCACAGACUCCUGGCUUCUGCGGUCUCCGUGUGCCCGUGGAGAAAGCAGGUGGCGGUCUCUUAGUUCGGACGCAAAACGGAAAGAGGGUAGAAUGUCGUAUUGCACGGAUAAGCCCCCAUGAUCCCUUGGGUCUAGUUUGGUGGUCCGAAGACCUCAAGCGACGAGGUUGGGCCAUUAUCCAGAUUGUGGGUAGUUUCGGGGUUGUCGGAGGACUUGCGUUGUGCCUUGCGAAGGCUUGGGGAUUAUCCCCACGAAGUUUCUCUGAGUGGCGAUUUGAUUGGCAUUGCACCGGCCAUUAA